ACGUACUUUGAGGCUGCCGACCACACAUCCGUCACGACUGAGUUUCAAUGUUCGCCACUAAUGUGUUGUUAAAUGUACCGACAAAAUCUGUCUAUAUUAUCAUAAUCUGAAUCACCCCCAACGCCCAUGGCAUUAUUUAUUUUCUCUUUUAGUAAUCCCGCCACUUGUUAAAAAUUCCGCUCAAAAGGAAAAAGCGUUCUGUCCCCUCUUUUGGGUUUCCAACGAACGUUUAUAACUAUCCAGAGGGUCUAGGGGCGGCUCUGUACCGGGAGCAGCUUGACUUCAACGCCGAGCCACCUUGGGAUCCUAGCUGAUAGUGGAAGAGUUUGCCGAAGGACUCAUCCAUUUUGUUGCAUAAGCCUAGGAUCCAGGGGCUCGAGAGAGAAAGAGAGCGAGCCAGCAACAUCACUUCGGACUAGCCGUAUUUUUUAUGCCUGUUGGACACAGAACACGGUUGAGAGGAUGAAAGGAAUCUCAGAUGAACCACAUUUUUCAGUUGGCCUUCUGGAAGGCGGCACAUCUCUCUCUGAUGUGAUUAACAAUCACAUUUAUGAACAAACUUUGUCUGAGAAGAAAGCAUUCUUUGUUGCAGACCUCGGAGUUAUAAUGAGACAGCAUGUUCGCUGGCGAACACAGAUGGCCCAAAUUCGCCCCUUCUAUCCUGUUAGGUGCAACAGCAGUCAAGGCGUUAUUGAAGUACUGGCUGCUCUUGGCACUGGAUUCGUAUGUAGCAACAAGUUUGAACUUGAGCUGGUGCUGAGCCAUGGAAUUCCCUCAGAAGACAUCAUCUACAGUGGAGUUUGUAAACAGGUUUCCCAAAUUAAAUAUGCUGCGAGGAAUGGCAUUGACCUCCUGGUGUGUGAUAAUGAAGCAGAGCUGCGCAAGAUUUCACGCUACCACCCGAAUGCCAGGCUGCUCCUUCAGGUAUCAACAGAAGCAUCAAGGCAGGACAAUAAAUUGAGCAUGUCAUUUGGCUGCUCCCUCAAAGACUGUCGACAUCUACUGGAGAGUGCCAAGGAGCUCGGUGUCCAGUUUGUGGGAGUCAGAUUCCUAGUUUCACACGACUGCGAGGAUGACUGUGUGUACACCAAUACUAUCUCUGAUGCUCGUUGUGUUUUUGACAUGGCGGAGGAAAUUGGUUUCAAAAUGAGAAUCUUGGACAUUGGAGGUGGCUUUGGUGGCUCAGACACCAAGUUGGAAAUGAUCAAUAAUGCAGUCAGGUCUACGGUUGACCAAUACUUCCCCUCUUUUCAUGGAGUUAGCAUCAUUGCAGAGCCAGGCAGCUACUUUGUGUCCGCCGCUUUAACCCUGGCCGUCAACAUAAUCUGUAAAGAGGUUGUGCUGCGUGACUGCCAAGAUCAAGCACACGAUGAUCCAUCUCCCAGUGAUGAGCCGGAGUUCCAGUACUACAUGAAUGAAGGAGUCUAUGGAUCCUUUGCCUGCAAACUCACUGAAAUGGCGAUCACUGCUCCCACUGUUCGAACGAACACUUAUCCCAAAGGUCCAGUGUUCAGCAGCAGCCUGUGGGGCCCCUCUGGUGAUGACCUGGACCAGGUGAUGGAACACUGUUUGCUGCCUGAGCUCAACAAUGGAGAUUGGCUCAUGUUCAGCCACGCUGGAGCCUACUCUGUCGGCCAGCCUCUUUGCGCCUCUAAUUCAUCCACACCACCUGUAUUCUACAUUGUCUCCUCUCGUGACUGGUAUGAGAUGCAAGUUUUGGGCGUCAUCCAAGCGGCACCACUGAAAAAUUUCUCAUUGGUCCCCUAUUUCUUCAACACUUGCCUCACAGAUGCUGCACUUUCCAUCCCAGCCUAGCAGUCACCAGACUACUACUGUUUUCUGUAACUCAUCAGUGUUCCAGGCUGUAUUUGUUAGAACUGCAGUAGCUCAUUAAGAAAUGAAAUGGAUAACUCCUUGACCAUAGAAUACUGUUUACAUGAAUAGUAAUUUUAAAAUAUAAAGUCAUUGUCUUUAUUGCCAGUCAUGUAGAAUGUGUACCUCUUGAGCAAUGUAUUUAAAUCGUUGAAACCAGUUUUAAAGAUCUUGUAUUUAAUUGGUUGUAGAGUAUAUUUUGUGUAAAGAGAACUUGCUCACAUUGCAUUUAAAUGCAGUGUUUUGGUGUUGAGAUUUUGUACAUGACAGUGGAUUUCCAUGUGUUUGAUGAAGUGAAGAGUGUAAUCAGUUUUAGUACGCGAUUUUCACUUGUGCUGGCCUGAAUGAAAAGGCAGUGAAUGGUGCAGUAUUAAGUCUGCUCUUUGCUGCCUCACUGACUACUGAUGUUUUGGCAUGUCAUGUCACAGAAAGCAAGUUUAGUAGAAAAGCAUGUACUACAGAUGGAGCAGAGUAAGUGUGUGCCUGAUAUGAUAUAGGUUAUUUAUAAUGCCAGAAACCUCACUUUGUUUUCAGUUUUUUUCCGAAUUGUUAAAUAUUUAAGAUUAUUUCAUGUCGAGUUGCAGCGCAUAUUGUCUCCUUGUUUGAAGCCUGUUAGUAGUUGUAUUAAGCUUGUCAAAAUGAAUAAAAUGAUCAAAAACCA